UCUCUCUCUCUCUCUCUCUCUGUGCUGAAAUGGCUCUCAGUCACACUGCAAUUCUGCAACUCUCAAGUUCAUUUCAUGGCGAAGCAUCACCGUCUUCGUCAAAUUCGGCAUCCAUUAUGGGUUCCCCUCUUACCCUCUCACGCUCUACUCCACUUCCUGGAAACCAGUCACUUUCCAGGAAGCAAUUUGUGGUUUUUGCUAGGAAGAUGUCUGGGUUGGAGGAAGCUAUGAAAAUCAGGAGAGAACGUGAACUUCAAGUUGUGACAAAAGUUAAAAAAAGGCCUCCGUUAAUGCGCGGAAGAGUAUCACCAUCGCUCCCUGUCCCUGAUCACAUACCAAGACCUCCUUAUGUAGGUUUAAAUAUACUUCCUGAAAUUGCAAGUGAGUAUCAAAUCCACGAUUCUGAAGGUAUAGCUCGAAUGAGGGCUGCAUGUGAGCUUGCAGCUCGUGUCUUAAAAUUUGCAGGAACUUUGGUUAGGCCUUCUGUAACAACUAAUGAAAUUGAUAAAGCAGUGCAUCAAAUGAUAAUUGAUGCUGGUGCCUAUCCCUCUCCCCUUGGCUAUGGUGGAUUUCCAAAAAGUGUGUGCACAUCAGUUAAUGAAUGCCUGUGCCAUGGAAUACCUGAUUCUCGGCAGUUACAGAAUGGUGAUAUUAUUAACAUUGAUGUGACAGUCUACCUGAAUGGAUAUCAUGGUGACACAUCGAAGACAUUUUUUUGUGGGGAAGUCAGUGAUGCAAUGAAAAACCUUGUUAAGGUAACUGAGGAAUGCUUGGAGAAGGGAAUAGCUGUUUGCAAGGAUGGUGCUCCUUUUAAGAAAAUUGGGAAGAGAAUCAGUGAGCAUGCCGAAAAGUAUGGCUAUGGCGUAGAGGAGCGUUUCGUUGGGCAUGGUGUUGGAACAGUGUUUCAUUCUGAACCGUUAAUUUUUCAUCACCGCAAUGACAAGACAGGUUGCAUGGUUGAAGGUCAAACAUUUACAAUUGAGCCUAUUCUUACAUUGGGAAGCACUGAAUCCAUUACAUGGCCAGACAACUGGACAACAUUAUCCGCCGAUGGUAGUCCGGCGGCACAGUUUGAGCAUACCAUUUUGAUAACUAGGACCGGAGCCGAAAUUUUGACUAUAUGUUGAUGUGGUAAAAAAAAAUGUCAAUCCAUAACAAUCAUGUUAUGAAAUCUGAAUGGUGUUUGUAUCUAAGUUGUAAAAUCGGCCAUCAAUUUGCUUCUGGAGGAUUACGCACAGGUAUGCAACGAUUGCCUUGAGGAGCUGUAUACACUAUACACAUUCUCUUUGUGCAUAGACUUUUUCAUAUGUGAAGGGACUCACACGGUGUGUUCAGCGACACUGAUUCAGCAGUACAAUUUCUAUCAGCAAAUACGAAGUUACUGCUGCAGAUCUUGUGAAAACUCUUGAAACAAUGCAUUCAGAGAGGUCUGCCCAGAUAACUAUCUGAUUGAAAGCUGAACUGGCAAGGGGUCCAUAUGUUUGUGCUUUUUAUUAUUUAUAACUAAAUCAUGGGAGUAAAAAAUUUCAAAAACAAGAGCUGUAUUGUAGAAUCAUGUUUUAUUCAACUCUUAAAUUGAUAAUGUAUUUUAGAGAAAUAAGGAAAAUACAAUACAUAAUACAAAGAUAUUUUAUAUAUAUAUAAUAUAUAUAAUUGAAUUUACUCAAAUUCAUUUCAUUUUUUUUAGUAAAUUACUGGUUUUGAUUAAAUUAUUUUAUUCAAUUAAUAGCUAAAAAAUAGAGAAAUAGUUAUCAAGAUAUAACCCGAUCUUAAAUAGAAAAUAGAAGAGAAAGAACUGAAACGUUUCUAUUCUUGGAUUCUAUCUAUAAUAAAUACUUUGGAUCUAAUUGUCUUUUUUUAUUUCGUUUGUUUUCUCGAUUGUAUGGUUUUGUCAACUCUAAUAUUGACAACAGUGUAUUAAACAAAUAUAAUCCGAUCGUGAAUGGAUCAAUUUAUUCACGUUUCAUAGGUUUGUUGAAUUUUGUUUGCUAUAAACAGGAAGUUCUUUUUUGAUUCAAAGGUAAAUAAAAUAGAAAAUAAGAGAAUUUCUUAUAUUUUCAUUUGAUCUGUUCAUUUGUAUGUUCUGAAUUGAUUCGUCUUCGACAUUUUUCAUUUUAAUAUAGUAUUCUAUAUUCUAUACUAUUCUUUUAUUUAUUAGUAUUAGACAAUUCCAUUUUUUUUGUUUAUUUAUUUUAAGAAUCUUAGUUAGAGGGUUGCUAACUCAACGGUAGAGUACUCGGCUUUUAAGCGUGACUCCAUUUUUUACACAUUUUAUGAAGAAUUUGGUUCAUCCAUACCAUCAGUAGAGUUUGUAAGACCACGACUGAUCCAGAAAGGAAUAAAUGGAAAAAGCAGCAUGUCGUAUAAAUGUUGAAUUCUAAAAAUGUUUUAUUCUUAUUGGAUCCGGUCCAAAUUUUUGUUUGAAUUCUUGGUUCGGAACAAAAAAAUUCAGUUGGGUUGGAUUAAUAAAGGGAUAGAGCUUGGUGGCUCCAAUGAUAGGUAAACAAAAAGCAACGAGCUUUCAUUUAAAAUUGGAAUGAUUACCCCAUCUAAUUGUACGUUAAAAAGAAAUUAGAGCUUUCUGGGGAAAAGCUUUUCCUGUGAAUGGAUUAUGGAUUUUUGUUAUGAGUUCUAAUUAUUAGCUAUUCUCCAGUUAUGGAGUAGCGAUAAAUGUGUAGAAGAAAGAGUAUAUUGAGAAAGAUAUUUUUUUUUUCCAAAAUCAAAAGAGCGAUUGGGCU